AUGUCCGCUCCUCAGCCCACCCGCCAGGCCACGGACCCAUACCAGGCCAAGCUCGAGCGUAUGCGUGCGAACGCUGCCGACGACUCGACGCGCCCGUUCAUGGACGACUCGCACGUUUCGCAUGAGAACCUCACGCCCGAGCAGGCUAGAGCCUAUGCGUUCUGGACCCCCGACGCUGCUGGCCCCCCCGCUUCGGCGCAGAACAACGCUGCAUCCAACGUCGAGGCGCAACCCCACGUCGACACCGACGCCAUCUACAAGGCCAAGAUCGAGCGUAUGCGUGCGAACGCUGCCGACGACUCGACGCGCCCGUUCAUGGACGACUCGCACGUUUCGCAUGAGAACCUCACGCCCGAGCAGGCUGGAGCCUACGCUUUCUGGAGCCCCGACGCUACUGGCCCCCCCGCUUCGGCGCAGAACAACGCUGCUUCCAACGUCAAGGAGCAACCCCACGUCGACACCGACGCCAUCUACAAGGCCAAGAUCGACCGCAUGCGUGCGAACGCUGCCGACGACUCGACCCGUCCCUUCAUGGACGACUCGCACAUCCCGCACGAGAACCUCACGCCCGAGCAGGCCAGAGCCUAUGCACUGUGGGGCAGCCCCGACGCGACGGGCCCUCAGGACUCGGCGUAA